GUGUAACACAAGCUUUGCAGAUCACACAGACACAGACACAGUCAGCUAACUCACCCUAUUGGAAUACUUUGUAUCUGGACUUUGUGCUGGGAUUUUCUGGACAUUCUAGAGAGCCAGGCUGACUGGCAGAACCCAUCUCUGAGAGUUGGACCGGGUUUCUGGAUAGGACACGAUCACCCCAGGAACAAUGACUGAGUUUGGGAUCAGGAACAUGGACCAAGUUGCUCCAGUUUAUAACAUGCACAGAGGCAUGCUCAAGCGGCAGUUGGCGUUUGACAAUGUAAAUAUUUCUGCCUCGAUCUUCACUGGAUUGUUUUCCACAUUUGAAGAAGAGCAGGCCGUUCCAACUGGUCUUGACUCUCUGCCCCAUGAUUCAAACAGCUGUGAGCUGCCACUUCUGACACCUUGUAGCAAGGCCGUAAUGACCCAGGCUUUAAAAGCUACCUUCAAUGGAUUUAAAAAGGAGCAGGGAAGAUUAGGAAUCCCCAGCAACCCUUGGCUUUGGGAUGAAAAUCAAGUUUGCCAAUGGCUUAUAUGGGCAGUUACGGAGUUCUCUCUGGAGAAUGUGCAUUUUCAGAAGAUUAUGAUGCCUGGACAUGACUUGUGUAACCUUGGAAAAGAACACUUUCUAGAACUGGCUCCAGACUUUGUGGGUGACAUAUUGUGGGAGCAUCUGGAACAAAUGAUUAAAGAACAUCAAGAGAAAACUGAAGACCAAUAUAUGGAGCACUCACGAAAUGUAUCAGUUCCUCAGUGGAUGACCACAGACUCAUUAAACUUCAGUAUGAAUCCUCUACAAUAUGCAUCACCGGUGCAGAGCUACCACAAAUCUGGAAUGUAUAAUGAAAUGUGCCAGGUAUCUGCUGGACAAAAUCUACAUGGCAUCAAACAAGAGUUCCAGCCUUAUCCUUGUCUAAAAUCCAUGGAACCAAAUUAUACUAGUCUUAAUCGUAGCUAUGCAAGCAACGGCCUAAAUGCAAUACUAAACUCUAUAAAUUCUGGAAAAUCCAGAGAGCGUGACUCUGGAGAGAAUUGCACGGACAGUUUUGAAAGCUCAGAUUCCUUGAUGCAGUCUUGGACCAGUCAGUCCUCCUUGGUGGACAUGCAACGAGUUCCUUCCUAUGACAGUUUUGAAGAAGAUGGCAGUUCAUCAUUGUGUGUCAACAAGCCAACCAUGUCGUUCAAAGAUUAUAUUCAGGACAGAAACGAGCCAAUGGAACAAGGGAAACCAGUAAUACCUGCAGCUACUCUUGCAGGCUUUACCGGCAGUGGACCUAUUCAGCUGUGGCAGUUCUUACUGGAAUUAUUAACGGAUAAGUCCUGCCAGCCAUUUAUUAGCUGGACUGGUGACGGCUGGGAAUUUAAACUCACUGACCCAGAUGAGGUUGCACGUCGUUGGGGUAAGAGGAAAAACAAACCUAAAAUGAAUUAUGAGAAGCUAAGCAGAGGACUAAGAUACUACUACGAUAAAAACAUCAUCCACAAGACUUCAGGAAAAAGAUACGUGUACCGGUUUGUGUGUGACCUUCACAACCUUUUGGGAUACACAGCAGAAGAACUUCACGCCAUGUUGGGCGUUCAACCAGACAAUGAUGAAUGAUGGUCUGAGUGGAGCACCUGGGACAUGAGCACGACAAUUGUACUGUGAAACUGACCAUUUGUGGUUGGUAUUGCUGCACUGUUCAGGGUCUAUGGACUCUUGAGACCAAAAGGACAUGAAAGAAAUUUCAUAUUUUAAUGGCAUUUUUUGAGACCUUGCAAGGAGUGUCGUAUGGUCUCUCCUCUGCUGUCCUGAAGAAUUUUGCACGUAAUCUCAAGGAUUGCUUAUGACUUUAACGUUCACUGCAUGAUGAUUAAGAGUUGUUGACUUGUGGCGUUAACCAAACUGGAAGAGACUUUUGAGGCAUGUGAGAUAUGCAGUUCGUAGUCUGUGUUUUAAUAGAAUUAUGCUGUUUUGAGGGUUUUUUUUUUUUUUUUUUUUGUGGAUCAUGGAUGGUUCAGCAGUGGCUCAUAAGACUUCCUGAUGUCCUCGUACUCAAACAGCAUGGUGCUCCCUGACUCACAGGUUAUGUACAUUUUUGGACUGCACUUCUUGUAUAGGAAUUUAUUUUUUA